AUGUCCUGGAACCGGCCUCAGCUGAGGAGCGGCACCGAUCUGCAGCUGCAGUCGGCCUUCAACGACGGACAAUGGGCCAACGUCAUCCGUCUUGCUGAUAAACGAUUUCGGACCUUCAACGAUCCUUACUUCGAAGCAGUGAGAGUAUGCGCCGAGAGCCAUCUAGAGUCACCUUUGGAGAAGGCGUCACCUCUCAUUGCAAUCCAGAAGCUGGUCAAGGACCCGUCCGCUGUAAGAGAUGCCGAUUCUCUUGAACUGCUGGAGUGGGCCUCUGAGGGUUUCAUGCAAGAUGAAGACUUCGCAGCGACCUUUGGACCCCUGAAGUUGCGAUAUGUGAAGGCGAACCCCAAGGACAAGAACGGCGGAACAAGAUGUCUCGAAUCUUGUCUAUUGCACUGGGACUUGGUUAGCGCGCAACAGAUUGCGGCUGUUCUUGAUAGGUCCUUUCCCCAAGAAAGAAGCUUUAUGUUCUGGAACAUUGCCAUCACCCAUUUGCUUGCGACCAGUGAUCAGUGCCCCGCUGGCAAGAAGCAGCUCUACGGCAUGCUGUCAUUGAAGCAAAUGCAGCGCGCUGCCCAACUGACUGAGCAAGCAGGCACCGGAGCGCAUGGCGAAGUGGCCGAUCGAGCGAUCAAGACAGAGGAAGAAAUUCUCCUCUUUUACCGCCUACUAGAAGCUCACGGUUCCGAUGCGGAGUUGGAUGCUGCUCUCCAGGGCCCAACUCUAAAUCCCGUCUAUCAGUUCAAGGCUGGCCGCAAGGAUCUCUUCCUCCAGACUAUUGACGUGCUUGAGCGAAAAGAAAACUGGAAAGCGGUGUAUGACCUCUGCAGAGAAUGCCUUUCGGCUACGGAUGACAAGGGCCAACUGAGUCUUCUCGCAUGCGAUUGGGCUGUCUGGAAGAAGUUCCUUAAUGCUGCUGGCCGAACAGGGGAGGUUCACAAUGCUUCGACCGAAGUUUUUGAACUCGUCGACCGGUUCUUGACGCAAGAAAACGUCCGCUCAAUCUAUAAGCGUAACAUCCGUCUGGCCAAGGUCGAGGCAACUUUCCAGUUUUCGCAACCUACAGGCUCCGAGGCGAGGUCAGACGCGUUCGAGGAGCUCUGCCGGUAUAUCGAUAUCGAGUGCGAAUCACCCGCUUGUUUCGACGAUGUCAAGGCCUUCGUCGAGCGCCUUCCCCCACACCAAGUAAAGGAAUUUGCUUAUGAAUACGUCACUCGUCUGGCAGAAGAGUCCAAGGAAGCUGCUAGGUCGGCAUCUGUAAAAGCUUUGGCUUUGAAACUACAGUACCUUGGCCUCUCUACUUCGAAAAUGCUUGUCCGUGUUUCGGACGAGGACCCGAAAAAGCCAAACAACUGGAGAUGCAUCGUGUGUGCAACUGUCAAUAAGGCACCUAUUUGCGCAAGUUGUGUGCAGAACUUGUUGGAGUCCACGUUGAUUCUGUACUCCUCCCUCAUCCACUCUUCUGAAACCAAUCUGUCCCUCGAUUGUAUACCGGAAUUGGCCAUUCUCGCAGCAACAUGCUGCAUAAAGCUAAGCGGCCUCCACGAACGCUGCGCUCUCAACCCUACCUCUACGAUGAAGAGCGGCCGAUCUGAUCGUGUGCUUCAGGCCGCCCUUCUCAUCGAGAACCAGCUCACUAAAACCCCGAAGCAUACGAGACUGACCCUACUCCUGGUGCGCAUUUAUCUCGUGCUCGGAUGCGCAUCUCGAGCUCGUGAGGUGUGGGAAACAGCAGACGUAAAGCGAACCAUCAUUGACUCCCUAGGCCCCUAUUUCUUUGAUCGUCUGUCAAGCAUCGCUCCUACCUUGGUCAUCCCCCCGAACAAGCCUGGGAAGGGCCUGAUGCAAGGCCUGAAGGCGCACUACAACACGUCGCUCAAGCUGAGAAUGCCCAGAAGGCUGGCCGAUGCUUUCGAAGCCGAGAGCUACACUGCUAUUCUCGACAUUCCGAGUUACAUUGAGCAUCUGAGGUCGAGCUGCACAUUGGUUAUGGGAUACGUCGAGGAGUCUAGAGCUGCACGAGCUCUUGGCAUCCGCAACGACUCAAUAUUCGACGAGCCUGCGAUUGAGGAAAUUACCGACGACUCUGUUCUAAAUGAGGUCAUCGAUUACGGAUCUGUUCCCAACAUGGAGGCGGCGACGAGCCGACCCAUUUAUGACGUCUUGCGGCUUGGACCGGAUCCAUCAAACUGUCGUUCUCACUUAGCCCUUGCUGCAGAGAGAUUCAUCGACAUCCUCUCCUUCAAGCCCGCACCUUCGUACAAAGUAACCAACGUUGCUCAAACGACAGCAGCGGAGCAGGUCUUUGUCUCAGAAUCCCUACAGCGGCUUGGCAACUCGUUGAACAUAUUCCUGCACACCCGAGGAAACGCCCUUACACAGCAAGAAGAGACGUAUUACGAGAUUAUUUCCCUCCUUAGCUCCUUGGUUCCCCUCGCCGUCGCCGCCAGCCAGAAUCCGCCACCCCCAGAACUCCUGUCAAGCAUCGUCUCGGGCAUCAAAACUGGCCUCGAAGGUCUUCGGGCCCAGUCCCUGUCGACGCCGGCUGAUGCGGACAGAAUCAAGGCACUGUUGAUGCUGAGCUCGCUGCAUGGUCUGUUUCUUCUUCGCGACGCUGCAGCGGCCGUGAAGCUGGCUGUAUCGCAUAUCGUUGCGUUCAACGAGCGGGAGAAGGACAGGGACCGAUCUGGGCAGAGCAAUGUGCCCAAGGAAAUCAUGGCACAAGUCAAGGCCUUGGAUGCCGCCGCGGGGACCGCCAUGACCGAGGGAAAAGCGAGGGUUAUCCUCCUCAAGAAGGAAAGCGAUAGCUUGAGCGCAAAUAAACUAAGCUCUUGGACGUUCGAGACGGACCCGGACAAGUCGGCGGAGCAAAUUCGCGAUGUGGCUGGGGCACAUCUUGGUGUUUGGUCGCAAAGAGUGGUAGACAGCUGGCGGACGAACUUGAAGGGCUGGGAAUCGGUGCGGUGGGAGUAG